AGUGUAUCAUCUCCGGUCCGCGUUCCGAACCGGGAACCCGGUUCAGUACACGUGUUUGUUUUUCAAGUAAAAUUUUUUGCGUCGGCCGCGAAUUAAUAUCGAGUGAGAAAUGGAGAAACAGCUAAAGGAAUUGGCUAUUAGACUCUAUGAAAUCGAUGCAGUAAAAUUUGGCGAUUUUAUUACCAAAGUAGGAUUAAAAACUCCAGUGUAUGUAGACUUAAGGGUUCUAAUUUCAUACCCAAAGAUAUUGAAACAAAUAUCGAAUAUCCUUUGGGGUUUAACUGCAGAUGUGGAUAAUGUUAAUCAAAUCUGUGGUGUGCCGUAUACUGCUCUGCCAAUUGCCAGUAUUAUAUCUGCAGAAUGGGAUAUUCCAAUGGUAAUCCGAAGGAAAGAAGCAAAAGCCUACGGUACCAAGAAAAUGAUCGAGGGAAACUUCAAACAUGGAGACACGUGUGUAAUCAUCGAGGACGUGGUGACCAGUGGAAGCAGCAUCUUAGAAACCGUGAGGGACUUGAAGAAUGAGGGUCUCCAAAUCACUCAAACCCUUGUCAUCCUGGACAGACAGCAAGGAGGCAGGAAGAAUAUCGAGAAAAGUGGAAUUAAAAUGCAGAGUCUCUACACACUUACUCAACUCCUGGAGUACCUCUUGGAAGCGAAUAAAAUCACCUCGGAAACUCUGAAAGAAGUCACUCACUACCUGGCUCAACAUUCAGCUCCUGUAAAAACCCUGGAAGACGGUUCUUCAAGAAGAUUGAAACUAGAUUUUACUGAACGUUCAAAAAUUGCUACAAGCCCUCUAGCUUCAAAACUCUUGAAACUAAUGGACCAAAAGGGAACAACACUCUGUCUGGCAGCAGAUUUGACAUCUGCCAAUGAGAUACUCGAGUUAUCGGAACUUGCAGGGCCACACAUAGCUGUACUCAAGAUCCACGUGGACAUAAUCGAGGACUUCGACCUAAGCUUCAUCCAGAAGCUGAAGCAACUGUCCUCAAAACACAAGUUCUACUUGAUGGAGGACAGAAAAUUCGGAGAUAUUGGGAAUACAGCAUCACUGCAAUACGAAAAGGGAAUUUAUAAAAUAGCUGAAUGGGCCGAUUUUAUCACUGCGCAUCCUGUUCCAGGCCCAAGCAUAUUGGAUGGCCUAAAAUAUGCCUUGAGGAAUGUCUCUGAUGACCGUGGAAUAUUUUUGGUAACCCAGAUGUCUUCCAAUGGAGCUUUAACAACCGAAACUUACGUUAAGGCGUCCGUAACCCUCAGUCAAGAUUCAAACCUGGUGGUAGGGCAUGUUUGCCAGUCAAAUAUUUUUUCUGACCCUGGAUUGAUCCAAUUGACUCCUGGGGUAAAGUUAACCCAAACUUCUGAUAACUUAGGACAACAAUACAACACUCCAGAGGUAGUUGUCAAUGCUGGCGCUGAUCUGGUCGUCGUUGGCCGGGGAAUCACCGAAUCCCCCGACAAAUUAUCAUCAAUCCUUAAUUAUAAAAAUCAACUCUGGGCUGCAUACAAAAAUCGAAUUAGUUCAUGAUUUUUGGAUUAAUUUUUUAUGAAU